GGAUACUUCCUUUCUUCAGGUGAUAACCAAUAGGGGCUAGGAUGGGGGAUCAUUUUGUGCUGCUGGUAGAUCGCCUGAUCACGGAGUCGACGCUCGAGGCGGCCAUCGAGAGCAGAAACAAGGCCUUGGUUGGUUCCUCCGCACCCGCAUCGACUCCUCAGUCCGAAUCCACCGUUAACAAGGAGAAGAAUGGUGGUGGUAUUGGGGAUGGAAUUAGGCUCACCGGUAAAUUGGCAGAGUGCCGAAUUUGCCAGGAAGAGGACGACCAAGCCAACUUGGAGACCCCCUGCUCCUGCUGUGGCAGCUUGAAGUUCGCUCAUCGUAAAUGUGUUCAGAGGUGGUGUAAUGAAAUGGGUGGCACUACGUGCGAGAUAUGCCUCCAGCAAUUUCAGCCUAAUUAUACUGCUCCUCCAAAGUUGCUCAUUUAUGGGAGGAUUCCUUUGAAUUUCAGGGAAAAUUUGCAGAGGCAACAAAUCUACAACCUUAGGUAUAUUCCGUCAAAUUCCACAGAGCGUGAUGUUGUUGGAUCCUCUACCGAUGAUUAUUCAGCGUCAAAUGCAAGAAGAAGCAUCAUGUAUUGCCGUUCUGUUGCCGUAAUGUUCAUGUUUUUUCUGGUUCUUCGUGAUGCUCUUCCAAUUAUCUUCAGUGGAGCUGAACUCUAUUCUCUAGCCCUUUUCUCGUUUGUGCUUCUGAGGACCGCUGGGCUUGUUUUACCACUCUAUGUGAUGUUGAGGGCCAUUACCGCUUUUCAUCGUCGGCAGUACCAACGGCAGGUAAUAAAUGAGCCAACUACCUCAGAAAACGAAGGACCUGACAGUUUGCAGCAGCCUUCGCAGCCAUUGCCACCUCAACAUCAUAUUAUCCACGUGCAGUAGUGAGCUUCAGCACCGCAGCUGUGCUAUCGUGAAAGGAACUCUCAGCAAUCUCCCAAUUAUCCAAAAAAGUCGUGAAUGAAUUGAAGUCCCGAAGUCACAGAUAGUAUUUGCUUAGUGAUAGUCACACUUUUUUAAGACAUUUUAUAUAUACACGUUAAACAUAUACGUAUACCUUAGAGAAGCAAUCCUCGAAAGAAGCCACUCUCUUCGUACUGAUGAAGAUGAAGUGUGCGGUGUGAUGAGAACAAAAAGAAUCAAGUGUGUAUUUAUUUCCCUCAGGUCGGAAUGAAAUUAAGUGUUCUGAUUCAAAUGUCUACGUGGAAAACAAUUGUUAUAUAGCUUGAUAUGCCUUUAUAUUUUUCUA